ACUGAAUGUCCAGGAAUUUCGAAUCCGAGGAGUCAAGACCAAUAUUACUUUCCUGUUCAGGGUCAUGUCUCAUGAGACUUUUGUAGCCUGUCAAACCUGGACCACUAUGAGUUGUAGAUGACUUCUAUCCCAUUCGAUUCUGCAAAGGUGCUCAUUGUGUAUCAAUUUUCUUCCUUCCAGUUCACCGAUGAUACCCCAGCCUUGUUUCACUUGAUCAGCAGUCAAAACCGAGCUGAAAACUCCUUGGAUAUCUUGGUGACUUGGUUGUCAACGGAAGUAGUACCAAGGGUCAACAAGAUGAACCUGGUUUGAAAGACAAAAUUGUGAUCCCACCCUUCGCCCACCGAACCGAUCCCGAGAUGCCUUUAGAUGUGACUCGACCAAGUGAACUAGGCUGGAGAGCCAUUCUCAAGACUCAAGGACGUGCUGCAUUCGCCAAAGCAGUUGGUGAUUACAAAGGAUGUUUGAUCAUGGAUACAACUUGGAAAGACGCGCAUCAAUCUCUAUUAGCCACUUGUUUACGAUCGAUCGAUAUACUCAACAUUGCUCGCGAAACCAGUCACGCUUUAGCCAACGCUUACUCACUUGAAUGUUGGGGCGGAGCUACAUUUGUGUAGCGAUGAGAUUCUUAUACGAAGAUCCAUGGGAAAUAUUACAAAAGAUUCGUAAAUUAGUACCUAACAUUCCACUUCAAACCUUAAUCAGAGGAGCGAAUGCAGUAGGUUAUACUUCUUACCCUGAUGAUGUGAUUUACGAAUUCUCCAAGAAAGCAGUCGAGAAUGGAUUAGAUAUUUUCCGAGUCUUUGAUUCAUUCAAUU